AUGCUCAUAGCAAAAUCAACUUUUACAUUAUUGGGAAAACAAAUUUUUAAUGUUGUAAAUUUCACUACAUUCUCUGUUAUGGGUAAAGUGCAUACUUACUGCAAAAAUGUGGUUGCCUCAAGUACAUUUACAACUCACAACUUGCAAGAACUUCUUCAAAAGUUCAUAAAAGUUAGACUUAAAGUUUUCUACAUGCUUACAUCUGUAGUGGAAAAAGAUUAUCUCAUAGAAGUUCAAAAGUUUAAAACUUUUGUGAACUAUGCUUUACAAUUCACUUCCCAUCCAUCUGCUGUACGUGUCGACUUUUCACAAAAGUACAUGUUAAAGCUUGGUAAACCAGAAAUGCGAGGCAUUAAAAGAAAUCCUUAUCUGACAACAAUGAGUAAAAUGAAUUUUGAACCUUCUAUAUUCACAAAAGUUAAACAAACAAAGUUGUGUGUUGUUGAAAUAUUUAAUUAA